CAGUUUAUAAACAACACCAAUUUCAUCCAACCGCACAACGCACUCCCUCAGGUUCAGGCUCAUACGGCUUCAACCAAAUGCCACCUCUCUUUCGUCACACUAGCAGCAAUAUCUGCUUUUUCUGCAGGUCCACCAUCAAGCCUGCACCCCCAGAUCCACGAUCUUUCCGCUGUCCGCACUGUGACUGUUGGAACCGCUAUGACGCGAACGGCGAAAUCAUGUCAGAUGAACCUGCUAUGCACGAUGAAUCCCUAAACUCAAAAUCAUUUGCAAAGAGAGCGUCUCCCAGCAAGGACCGUCUGCCAUCCAUGUACGGAACCGGCCAGUUCUGUCAUACAUGCCAGACAAACCAAAUGCUCUUGGUCAACCUUCUCUCAAACUACCUACCGCCACCACAUCACCCGGACUACGCACAGCGUCUGGAGAAACUUCCAGAAUAUCGUGAAUCGUUGCAUGUCCGAUAUCCUCCCGUGUGUGCAGACUGCAUGCCCGCUGUGGAAGAAGAGAUCCGGAAGAAGGAUCAUAUGGCGCGGACUAAGGCACUGGGCGGAUGGCUAAACGACAGCAGAGGCAAGGAGAAGCAGAGACAAGCCCCGGGAUCCAGCAGAGAAAGAGAAAAACUUCAGACCCAUUUGUUUCUGUGGAGACUAAGAGGCUUUCUAUGGUUUACGACGUUAGCGAUAGUUGUUGUUGCUCACUCAUCUGUUGUAUUGAGACUCUAUUUCCCCGAUGUACUAGGUCAUGUGCGACAGGCUCUUCCUCUUAUCACCCUUUGUAGUUUAUUUUGGACCGCCUGGGAUCCAACAUACUACUCCUUCCGGAAGGCACGAAUACAAGGUCGCGAUCUUCGCGUUCGCGGCAAGAAAAAUUACAUUAUUCUGCAAAUGACCGCAUGGUUCUCCAGACUGCUCUCAUCUAUUCUUCUCGCACUUUCAUGGCACGCGCCUUCGCGGGACUAUUUGCAUCUCUCGCGAUAUCCAGCAUCAUCACGAACACAUUACUACUGUCUAAUAUCACUCAUCGUCGAAGUGCUGAUCUGUGCUACCUCAUUUGUCGCACUGCGCGUACAGAAACCUCCGCCUAUUCGCUUAAUCGAUACCUCUAGUCACCAGCAUCUAGUUGCAUCUGCGCGUCCUACACCUGAGCUUUCCCCUCGUUCAUCACCCGCACCUCACACGCAAAUUGCUAGCGAACCAGACCUUCUCGCAUCUCUCUCACUCUCAUCGAAUCCCGUGAUCUCCCCCGGUAACCCAAUAUUUGGCCUUCCUUCUCUCGUAUCAUCCAAUUCAACAUACCCAUCCUCUCGAAACAAUGCGGGUGAAGACGAGGAUGAAGAUGCCAUGGACUGGACCCCUACGGUUCCAUCGCCGGCCAAGCCAAGAAAGAUCCUUAACGACGACGACGACGGCUCGUGGGUCAGGCCACAACGCUUUUUCGCUCCGGAACGACCAACGGGCCUGGAGUCCUUGUUCGCAAGUACCAAAUUGGACGAUAGAGAUCAGAAGACUUCAUCUACCACACGUCCUAUUCGUGCACGGACUACCCUACAUCUGUUUGUGGUGCGCUGGUGGUGGGCAGGUGCCGCGUCCUUGAUUCUCGUUCCUGCUGCAGCUUUAGGGUUCAAGUUCUGGCGAGGAAUGGAAAUGACACAAGAUAAUUGACCUAACCCAAGCUACGUUGUGUAGAUUACAGU